ACCGAUCAUGUCGAGCAUUUGAAGGAGAGACAUUGACGCAAAAGAGAAUCUUAAAUCUACACGCUUACUAUUUAACUGUCGACGAAAUUAGAGAGCAAAAGAGUCACUCAAAAGUGUGUGUGUGUCAAAAUCUCUAGCACCGAUUUUUCUAAAUAACGUCGUCUCACAGUCACACACACACAGCUCUAAAAUCCCUCUACGAGGUUUUUCUUCAAACUCGCCGAAAAAUCUAAUCUUUACGAAGACCCAGAUCGGCGGAUCUAGAGUUGAAAUGGCGAGACACACGGCGGCGCUGAAGAUCGGGCUAGCUUUACUGGGGCUGAGCAUGGCUGGUUACAUUCUUGGUCCGCCUCUCUACUGGCAUCUCACUGAGGCUUUGGCCGCCGUUUCCGCCUCCUCUUGUCCUUCUUGCCCCUGUGAAUGCUCUACCUAUUCCGCUGUCACCAUUCCCAAAGAGCUCAGUAAUGCUUCUUUUGCUGAUUGUGCAAAGCACGAUCCAGAGGUGAACGAAGACACUGAGAAGAACUAUGCUGAACUUCUUACCGAGGAACUGAAGCUGCGUGAAGCAGAAUCUUUAGAGAAACACAAACGAGCAGACAUGGGGCUAUUGGAGGCCAAGAAGGUAACUUCUUCAUACCAAAAGGAAGCAGAUAAGUGCAACUCGGGUAUGGAAACAUGCGAAGAAGCUCGAGAAAAAGCAGAAUUAGCACUCGCCGAGCAGAAAAAGCUAACAUCUAGGUGGGAAGAGAGAGCUCGCCAAAAAGGAUGGAGAGAAGGUUCCACCAAGCCAAAUGUUAAAUCCAAAAGCAAUGUUCAGGUUGCUUAGGAUACCCAAGGAUCAGCAAAAAGAUCUUAGUUACAAACCACUCGUGUAAUUGUUUGUGAAUUGGAUGCUAACAAUAUAGUGUCAACUAUUAUUAUACUUUCCAACAAAACAAUCACAAAUUAUAUGCUUAUAGAAAACACUCACCCAAAUUAUAUCCAAAUUAAC